GCCCACUAGGGGGCGGGGCGCGCUCGUGGCAACCAUUCCGUGGUCCCCAAGUGCCGCUGUUCCUGCGGGACUGUUCCAGGGGUACGGGCCCGGCUGCGAGCUGUUUUUAGAAGAAAGAUGGAAAGCGGCACAGUUUUGCUGGAAUCCAAAUCUUCACCGUUGAACCUUCUGCAUGAGAUGCACGAGCUCCGACUUCUGGGCCAUCUUUGUGACGUCACAGUCAGAGUAGAGUAUCAGGGUGUCCGUGAAGACUUCAUGGCCCAUAAAGCAGUGCUGGCAGCCACCAGCAAGUUUUUUAAGGAGGUGUUCCUGAAUGAGAAGAGUGUAGACGGUACCAGGACUAAUGUCUGCUUAAAUGAACUUCAGGUCGUUGACUUUGCUUCAUUUCUGGAGUUUGUCUAUACGGCCAGGGUGCAGGUAGAAGAGGAUCGGGUGCAGCGGAUGCUGGAAGUGGCUGAAAAGCUAAAGUGUCUGGACCUGACUGAAACAUGCUUUCAGCUCAAGAAGCAGAUGCUGCAGUCAGUCCUUCUGGAAUCACAGAGUUUCCCUGAGUCUCAGGAGGUGGAGGCCAGCAGUGGCCCCCAGGUGAGUGUGACCCCCAGCUCCAAAGCAAGUGUACCAGGGGAGGAUGCUCACUCCAGUGGCCUUGUUGAUACCUCUGACUAUCCAAUAGAGAGUUUUGAUAAUGGCCUCUUGCCAGAAAUACCAUCCAGGAAGUGCAAGGAGAAACUGGACAAGAAGAAAGAUGUGGCUAAGCCUCCCUACCCUAAAAUCAGAAGACCUAGUGGGAGGCUAGCUGGAAGAAAAGUGUUUGUGGAAAUUCCUAAAAAGAAAUAUACAAGAAGGCUCCGAGAGCAACAGACAAAUGCGGAGGAGGAAGCUGCAGAGAAUGACAGGUGUCCCCACGACCAAAGCCCAGACCAUGAAAGGACAGAGUCAGAACCAGCUUCCAAAAGUGAGGCCUCCCCUGCUGGCGUGAAACUGGAGGAAAGCCUGCAGAAAGUGGAGGGGGAGAAGGAGGAGGAAGAAGGGAAGGAUGGGGAGAAGAAGAGUAACUUCCAGUGCACAGUCUGUGAGAAGGCCUUCCUGUAUGAGAAGAGUUUCCUGAAACAUAUCAGGCACCACCACGGCAUGGCCACCGAAGUAGUGUACCGAUGUGACACCUGUGGCCAGACCUUUGCCAACCGCUGCAACCUGAAGAGCCACCAGCGCCAUGUGCACAGCAGUGAGCGCCACUUUCCAUGUGAGCUGUGUGCAAAGAAGUUCAAACGUAAGAAGGACGUGAAACGCCAUGUGCUGCAGGUGCACGAGGGUGGUGGUGAGCGGCACCGCUGCGACCUGUGUGGCAAGGGUCUGAGCUCCAAGACUUCUCUGCGGAUGCACGAGCGCACACACACGGGCGAUAGGCCCUAUGGCUGCACCAAGUGUGAGGCCAAGUUCUCACAGCCCUCAGCGCUGAAGACCCACAUGAGAAUUCAUACAGGGGAAAGACCUUUUAUCUGUGAUGAAUGUGGUGCAAGAUUCACUCAGAACCACAUGCUGAUUUAUCAUAAAAGGUGCCACACAGGUGAAAGGCCUUUCAUGUGUGAGACAUGUGGCAAGAGUUUUGCUUCUAAGGAGUACUUAAAACACCAUAAUAGAAUCCACACUGGAUCUAAACCCUUUAAAUGUGAAGUGUGUUUGCGGACCUUUGCCCAGCGGAAUUCCCUUUACCAGCAUGCUAAAAUCCACACAGGAGAGCGGCCUUAUUGUUGUGACCAGUGUGGGAAGCAGUUCACCCAGGUAAAUGCCCUCCAGCGCCACCAUCGCAUCCACACGGGAGAGAAACCGUUCAUGUGCAAUGCGUGUGGGCGAACAUUUACUGACAAGUCCACUCUCCGGAGGCACACCUCGAUACAUGAUAAGAAUACGCCGUGGAAGUCUUUCCUUGUCAUUGUAGAUGGCUCACCUAAGAAUGACGAAGGACAUAGGACAGAACAACCCGAUGAUGAAUAUGUAUCACCCAAGCUUUCAGGUAGAUUAUUACCUUUUGGUGAAAAUAGCCAUUUUAACAACCUAUUGGAAGUUCAAGGCAGUGUGCCUGCCGUGCAGGAGAAUAGUUCCACAGACACUGCUUGCAAAACAGUGGUGUCUCAGGAUGCUCUACUCACCACUACCAUCAGUGAGCUUGGUGAGCUGACGUCACAGACAGGCUCAAUACCUGCACACCUUCCCACCUUGACCAACAUGGAGUGAGAGCCUGAAGUUGUGUGCUGAACAGUCUGUGUAAUUGCCGCAUUCCAGGUGACGCCAGGGGCUGAGAAAAAAAGUUGUCUAUCCAGAGAUAUAGGCAAGACUGGCCUUGAACAUUUCCCCAAACUUCCAUGACCUUGCACGCCUGUACCACACUUAAAGCUUUUCCAAAAACAUUCUGAUCUGCAUGAUCUUAGUUACAUUUCAUCAACAGAUAUGGCACUUAGCACAGAUCCCUGGUGUAGCUGUACAUGUCAGUCACACUAAUGCCUGAUUCCCUUGAUGUCUAAACCACUGCUUGUCUUAAUCAGAGUACACAGCAUUGACCCAGCUUGGGAAAGUGCUGUUUGUGGUCUCCUGGUCUCGCCCUGCCUUAUACUUCCAUGUGUGUUUACUUUACUCUGAUCCUCUUAGGGCAUUUUUCUACAAAGUUAGCUAUUUCUUCCUUACUGAGAUAAAAGAAAACAGGAUUUGUUCUGGGGACCCUAAGAUGGAACUGAAGGUUGCAUUUGUUCCUCCCUAAUCCUCUAUUUGUACAUACGAAGAGGAAUGACACACUGAACGUUUUCCGUGUAGUACCUUAGCAUGUGUGCAGGUAGGGAGUUGGUCAUAAAAUUCAACCUGGGAUGAGAUGUGGCUGUUAAUUUCAUUCCCUAAAUCAGAUUAAGUCAAAGCUGUCCUACCAAAGAAUCUCACAAAAUAGUUGUCUCGUUUGCAGAGGUGUGAGAAAUGAAGAGGAGAUGUCAGAACAUUUGACUAGUCACAUUUUUACAACCAGCCUGCUGAGUGAGCCUGGCAAAUCUCAAGUACUUCUGCCAGGCUUUUCUAUAACGUCCAGAGUCCCCACAGUGGAAGGUGACACGGACUAGUAACUGCUACAAAGCCACCUCUUUAGGAGCAUGUAAGGAGCUAGAGCAGUGGUUCUCAACCUGUGGGUAGUGACCCUUCCGUGGGUUUCUAUAGCAUAUUAACAUUACAAUUCAGAACAGCAACAUAAUUACAGUUAUUAAAGUAGCAAGACAAGGAAUUUUAGGGUUGGAGGUAACCACAACAUGAAGAACUGUAUUAAAGGGUCACAGAAUUAGGACGGUUGAGAACCACUGAUUUAGAGGAUACCAGAAGCCUUGGCAUGCUCAAUUCCUAUGCCUUAACCAGUGGAUAAAGAACCAGAAAUGUCUCCAAUGUUCCUUUGGCUUUCUCAUGCUGAAUUAUUGCUCAGCAAACUUCACUAUGAAAAAUGCAUUCUGUGGCAUUUGCUAUUCCUGAUGUAUGAACCCAGGGCCUUGGGUAUGUGGACAUUCGCCAUGUGUGACCCUUAAGCAUUAAUUUUAAGAGCGCCUUAAUGGGAGAAUUAUUCUGCUUUCUAGUUGAUGUUUCCUGUUUUUAACUUAUUAAGCUUGCUGUGAGAAUACUCUGGUUUCUAAGAGGAAGAUACCUUAAGUUCAGAAUGAAGACAGAGCACUAUAAUAGAAACUGAGGGUCCUUCCACAGUGCUGACUUUGUGGUAACACCUUCAAGAAAGCCGUUAAAGCCACCAAAAGGUGUUCCAGGCACUUACAAUAUUUCAAACUUGCUCUUGAAGGUUCAGGGCUGAAUUGUCUCACAUUCAGUUGUGACCUGGCCAUCCUAGUUGUGUUUACAGACAGAAACAAACAAAAGACUAGUGACUGGCACAUGAUCAUUUUAACUGGUAAGAGUAAACCUGCCCAGCUGAUAAACUGUGUUAUGGAAUAAAGUCAUCUUGAUGAGAAGGAAUUUAAACAAUAGAUUAUUUUGUUACUUAUUGGAAGAGCUGUCUUGAAUUUGUUUCUUUCAAAGUUCUAAAUAAAAUUUAAUGUGUUAAUAAAUGUCUUUGUAAAGGUUCUGCAUUUCUAAAUUUAUUUACGUUACUCUAACAUGGUCUGUAGAAAAAAAGAUUCUUAACUGAAAUUAGUCU